AUGCAACAAGUUGGUUCCUUCCCAAAAAAAUUCACCAUGAACGCUCCUGCCUCUUCAGAUGCGCCUCCAGGUGGACCUGGGCCUGAGUCUGGGCCUCGAACCGGAACACAGGACAAAGAUAGAGGAAAGCGGGCUUCGACAAGCAAGUUCCUGCAAAACAUAUUUUGCCGCCUCAAAACCUCAUUCACCCCCAACUCCAAAUCACCAUCCUCUUCCUCACCUACCUUAGCGCCCUCGUCCCAACUACCAGCAACAAAUACCGCCCAAGCACAGCCAAGCCAGGCAGGGCAGACAUCAGUGCAAGAAGACGCAGAGAUGGCUGGCGUUCUUACUCGACACAGUCAGUCGACUGAGCCUGCGCUGCCUCUAUAUCCCUCCAGCAAGGCUCCCGUUCCCGCUUCGGGAGAUGACAAGGAGAACCAGCCCAGCGCCCCGGUGGUCUCCGUUCCAGCUCCGGCCCUGAGCCGUAUGAGCCUGGAAUCCUUCGGUCGGCCGCGAUCAUCAGCCUCCAUCCCCCAGACCACGCUCACACCUCUCAGCGAAAGGCCUAUGCACCAGAUGCUAAUGGAUCAGGCAUUGGAUAUGGCUCGACUAGCACUGCGCACCAACGAGACGCCCGUUGGCUGUGUCCUUGUCCACAACGGAUCGGUCAUUGCGAGAGGCAUGAAUGCCACGAACGUAACCCGGAACGGUACCCGCCAUGCUGAGUUCAUGGCAUUGUCUGCACUGCUGUCCUACCGACCCAACAAUAGUGAGGAGGCCGUCGAGGCUCAGCUUCGCCAACAGGCCAGCGAACGUUCCAAAGUAGAUGUUCCUGACGAUGAAUCGGAUCUGUUCCCGGAUGACGACGAGUAUGUCAGGAAAGGUCACCUCUACCCUUACGGCCAGAAGCUUCAUCUCGAUCCUCGGGUCGACCGCUCUAUCGUCAGAGAGUGCACUCUUUACGUUACAGUCGAGCCCUGUGUCAUGUGCGCCGGACUUCUUAGACAGCUUGGGAUCAAGAAGGUCUACUUUGGCGCUGUCAACGACAAGUUUGGUGGAACUGGCGGUGUAUUCAGCAUCCACAAGAACUCUACAGACACCCGCCAAGACCCCAACCCAGUCACUGUUCUCAGGCCGAUCCAGAUCAAUGCAUCCAACGCUCCAAGGCCGGCAAGCUCUGCGUCGGGAAAGAGUUCCCUCAACAGCAAUCGUCCCGCGAGCCGAGGUGGCGAUGGCGGAAACGUCGAGCCAGGUUUCGAAGCAGAAGGUGGUUGGGGCCGCGACGAAGCUGUCGGUUUGCUGCGGAGAUUCUACGUGCAGGAGAAUGGAAGAGCACCAGUGCCGCGCAAGAAAGAAGGCCGCGCUGCUAGGUUGGCAGCCAUGGAACAAGCUGGAGGCGAGGGCGGAACGCCUAUGCCAUCCGAGGCUUUUGACGUCGCUGACGGCGACGACCAAGGUGCCGCUGGUAAUGGUGCUUCAACCGUCUCCAAUGGCAGUAAAGAGAGGGACGAAGCUUGA